CUGUAGUGUUCUAAUCUUCCAUCCUUCUCAUCCUCGCCGUGCUAUCUCACAUCAGAAAAAGAGAAGAGGGAGAACUGUUUGUGCUACGGCAUAGAUGUCUGCAAGGGUGUCGAGCGGAUGCUCUCUUACGCAUGUUUCUUCAAGCUCUCCUUGCGAUGCACUAGCCGCCGCAAGCAAGCUUCAUCAACAGUCAGUCGGGUCUGCGGAUGAUGGAGGGUUCUCCCACAAUACAACGUCGAUUGAGGCUUCAGUUCACGCCAGAGCUGAAGGUGAACGAGUGGAAGAUGGAGAUGCCGAAGAAGAACCUGAAGUGCAGUCCCGGCUUGCGGUCCUGGAAGAGGUGGCCACUCAUGAUCCAGAAGAGCAGAUCUUGUCUGACGGAGAGAAAUUCACUUACACGGGCAGCUGCUGCGGAUCAACCACCAACUGCGUUCGUCAAUCAAGCACGGACAUCAACGACUACGCCAACCCAUCCAAGCGCGCAAGGCUUGCUGAAUAAGAAAACUUCAUGCAGUCGUUAGAGCCGUCAUUAGUGUUAGUAAGCAGAAGUUAGUGCCGCGUCAUCGAGAAAUGCAGCCUCCCUAGUAUGCUCAAGUACUAGUGGAUUUAUCUUUGGUUUAGCAAGGAAAAAAACUCCGCCCGUUGGACAAGUGUUUGGGUUGAUGCAGGUGUUGCGUUAGGUGCAAAAAUAAAGU